CCGCUCCUCACACAACCAUUCAUCACUCUCUCUCCGUCUCUUCAGUCUCUCGUGAAACCCUAACAAUGGCAGCCGUGGCGGAAACUCCCAACGUUGUCGAUCCUGCGCCGACCAAGAAGGGGAGAACAAGGAAGCCCCUAAAAUCGAAGACUACUUCCUCAAGUGAGGCCAACAUUGCCGCUGGAACCGUCUCCGUGCCUUCCCCUGUCGUCGUUGCUCCUCCGACGGCGCCGGAAAUCUCUGCCGGGAAAGAGAACCAGGAAAGCCUGGUUCAGAAGAAAACCAAAAAGGGGGCUGCUGCGAAGGGGAAAAAGCAACAGCAGCAACAAUCGGAGGCGCAGUCGUCCCUGGAGGAGGAGCUGCAAAAAAUGCAAGAGCAGCUCCAGAAAUUGAAACUUGAGAAGGAGCAGACGGAUGAGAUUUUGAAGAAGAAGGAGGAAGAACUCGAAACAAAGGACAAGGAACAAGAGAAACUCAAGAUUGAACUCAAGAAGUUGCAAAAGAUAAAGGAAUUCAAGCCCACCAUGACUCUACCCUUUGGAUUAUCAGUCAAAGAUCACGAACAGGAUAAGAAAGAUAAGAAGAAGAAUGCGACAAAGAGGCCAUCCCCACCAUAUAUUCUGUGGUUCAAAGAUCUGUGGAAUGAGGUGAAGAAAGCUAAUCCAGAAGCAGAUUUCAAGGAGAUGUCGAACCUGUUGGGGGCAAAAUGGAAGUCAGUUAGUGCCGAAGAGAAGAAGCCAUAUGAGGAGAGGUAUCAAGCUGAGAAGGAAGCCUAUUUGAAGGUAGUCGGAAACGAGAAGCGCGAGCAAGAAGCAAUGAAGCUGUUGGAGGAAGAGCAGAAACAGAAGACAGCUAUGGAGUUGCUCGAACAAUAUCUUCAGUUCAAACAAGAAUCUGAGAAAGAAAACAAGAAAACAAAGAAAACAAAGGAUCCAUUGAAGCCGAAACAACCUAUGUCAGCCUACUUCAUCUACUCGAACGAGCGUCGAACUACACUGCUUGCGAAGAACAAGAACAUCUUGGAGGUUGCGAAGGCCACUGGGGAGGAGUGGAAAAGCAUGACUGAGGAACAAAGAGCACCUUAUGAACAGAUGGCAAUGAAGAACAAGGAGCAGUACAUGGAAGAGAUGGAAGUGUACAAGAAGAAGAAAGAGGAAGAAGCCUCCAACCUUAAAAGAGAAGAAGAAGAGCUUCAAAAGCUUCAGAAGCAAGAAGCCCUGCAACUGCUAAAGAAGAAGGAGAAAACCGAAACGCUCAUCAAAAAAACCAAAGAGAAGAAGAAGAAAGAGAAGAAGGGGGGAGACAAGAUUGUUGAUCCAAAUAAACCAAAGAAGCCUGCUUCUUCAUUCCUCCUCUUCAGCAAAGAUGCAAGGAAGAAUUUAGCAGAGGAGCGUCCCGGGAUCAGCAACUCGACCCUGAAUGCUCUGAUUUCGGUCAAGUGGAAGGAACUGAGUGAAGAGGAGAAGCGAGUUUGGAAUGAUAAGGCUGCUAAGGCAAUGGAAGCAUACAAGAAAGAGUUGGAAAGCUACACUAACAAAUUAGCAGAAGCAGAGCAGGAGUAGUAGGAGUGAAUAGAACAGACAGACAGACAGACUAGAAGGGGAGGUGUUCAACUUAGACAUGUCUUGUUGAACGAACUUAGCAAAUUAGUUGUUUUUUGAUGA